AUGGCAGAAGAGCCCCAGACGACCGAAGAAACAAAGGAUCGCAAACAGGAGAGAAAUGCCUUCACCGAAUUAAUGGCUCCCAGACCAAAGCGAGCAGCGUCUUCGCCCAUCGAGCCAAGGCCCUCUCGCCACAAACCUUUCAAGAACCGUGACGGUCUCGGAGCCUACAUCGGAGCUCCCGAGUCCUUCUCCGCAUCAACAGUAGUGUCCCAUUCGGCCGAUUUCGUGGUAAUCAACGACCUCUACCCCAAGUCCGCAGUGCACCUACUCAUCCUCCCUCGAGAUCCGAGUAAGUUCUACCAGCACCCGAUUGACGCCUUCGAGGAUGAAAAGUUCCUCGAGAGCGUACGAAGAGAGGCCAGUCGGGUGCGGAAACAAGCUGCUUCAGAACUGCGGCGGAAGUUCGGUAGAUUUUCGGCUCUGGAUCAGGCGAGGAGUGAGGCGCUUGAUGCUGAUGCUGAUCCGGUGCCCGAGGAGCUACCGGACGGGCGGGAUUGGGAGAAGGAGAUAAUGUGUGGGAUCCAUGCGAAUCCGUCUAUGGACCAUCUGCAUGUUCAUGUUAUCUCUGUAGAUAGGUGUGGGGGUAGUCUAAGGCAUAGGAAGCAUUAUAACAGCUUUUCUACGCCGUUUUUUAUCAAGAUUGAUGCGUUUCCGCUUGCAGAGGACGAUAACCGCAGGCACCCCGAUAGGGAAGGGUAUCUAAAGUCGGAUUUAAAAUGUUGGAGGUGUCACCGCAAUUUUGGGAAUAAGUUUACGCAGCUGAAGGCACAUUUAGAGGAAGAGUUGGAGGAAUGGAAACGGAUCUAG